CCAGGAAGUAGGCUGUCAGAAUUGGGCGUGAGGCUACAAUGAUGAGUAAUAUAAUUUAGUUGUACUCAUUGUUUUUGUUAAAUAGUAAUUUACAACUGCAGCCGUGUUCAGUUGAAUAAAUAGCCUUCCCAGGAGAGAAAAGAAGAAAAUCUUAACGGUGAGGUUCCUCCAUUGCCUCAACACGACCCUGCAUGGUCCGUGCACCGGGCGGACAUGGUGUUGGAGGAAGGCGCGCGGAGCUGCCUGCUUCGCCACCGCCGCAACCUGGAGCAGGACAUCAAGGCGUCCUACCUGAUGGAUCACAUGAUCAGUGACGGCGUGCUGACUGGGGAGGAGGAGGAGCGCAUCAGCACUCUGCCGACCAGGAAAGAUCAGGCGGUGGCGCUGCUGGAGCUGCUCCUCAAGAAGGACAACAAUGCUUUCAUUUCCUUCUACAACGCCCUGGUCAAGGAGGCGUACGACGAUUUGGCCAAUUUGCUCCAUGGCGGGCUUCCCGGCGCCUCGCCCGAGUUGUGCAAGGGUUCUUCAGAUAGCUACACAUCCUACGUCCAGACAGUACUCAGUGAAGGCGGGGUCCCCCAGAGGCCUGUGGUCUUCGUCAGCCGACCAGAGCUGGUCAACCGGAUCCGGGAUAAACUCUACUGGCUCCAAAAGCAACCGGGCUGGGUGACGGUGUUCGGCAUGGCCGGGUCGGGGAAAUCUGUUCUAGCCGCUGAAGCUGUCAGAGACCAGGGACUCAUUGAAGACUGCUUCCCAGGAGGCGUCCACUGGCUGUCCAUCGGCCAGCUCGACAAAGCCGACCUGCUGGUGAAGAUCCAAGCGCUGUGCUUCCGCCUGGAACAGAGCCUGGACUCCCAGGCCCUCCACCGGACUCCCACCUCUCUGGACGAGGCCAAGGAACGCCUGCGCUUCCUCAUGCUGCGCAGAUACCCCAGGUCUCUGCUGAUUCUUGAUGACAUCUGGGACGGCACGGUGCUGAAAGCAUUUGAUAUCCACUGUCGUAUACUGCUCACCACUAGAAACAGAAGCCUGGCUGAUUCCGUUAGCGGGGCUAAGUAUGAAGUAGAGGUUGCCGGUGGUCUGGAUGACAAAAAGGCACUGGAGAUUCUUGCCCUGUACACUAGAAGCGCACCUGAGGGACUACCUGAGGAGGCUCGGAGCAUUGUGAGAGAAUGUAAAGGCUCUCCUCUGGUGGUGUCGCUGAUCGGAGCACUGCUCAAAGAGAAACCCAACCGCUGGCGCUACUACCUUGCCCAGCUGCAGCAGAAGCAGUUCAAGCGCAUACGGAAGUCGUCCUCGUACGACUACGAUGCGCUGGACCAGGCCAUGUCGGCUAGCAUCGAGGUGCUUCCCGACGAACACCGAGAGCUGUACAAGGACCUCGCUGUGUUGGAGAAGGACGUCAAGAUUCCUGCAAAGGUCUUGUCCGUCCUGUGGGAUCAGGAGGCGGAGGAGGUGGAGGACAUUCUGGAGGAGUUUGUCAACAAAUCUCUUCUCUUUGUGGACAGUCACAACAGACCGUACUUGUACUACCUCCACGACCUCCAGCUGGACUUCCUGGCCGAGCAGAACCGCACCCAACUGGAGAACCUUCACACCAAGGUAGUGCGUCAGUACCAGCAGCACUACAGCAGUGCUCCGCCCACAUCGGGAGACGAAGAGUGCCUCUACUGGAUCCGAUUCUUGACCUACCACAUGGCCAAAGCUAACCUCUCCCAGGAGCUCUUCUCCCUCAUGUUCUCUCUGGACUGGGUCACCCUCAAGGCCAAGAUACUGGGUCCAGCUCACCUGAUUAAUGACUUUGUGGACUAUGGACCCAUUCUGGAUAAAAAGAACAGCGAAGUGCGCAGUCACUUCCAGGAGUUUUUGUCGCUGAGCGGCCACCACCUGGAGCAGCGUCCCUUUCCCGACGUGGUGCAGCUUGCUCUGUCGCAGCCGCAGGCCUCGGAGGUCUACAAGCAGGCUGUGGAGCAGGCACGGGACCAGGCCAGAAGUGGGAAACUGUACUUUGAUUGGCUAAAUAAGAGCAGCGUGGAGAGUCUGUCCCGUCUGGUGAUCCAACCUCAGCAGAGUUCCGUCUACGCCGCCUGUUUCUCCCACGAUGGCUCCAGGAUCGCCUCCUGCGGCGCCAGCAAGAUGGUCAAGGUGUUUAGAAGCACCUCUGGCGAGAAGCUCACAGAAAUCCAGGCCCAUGAUGACGAGGUGCUCUGCUGCGCCUUCUCCCCCGAUGACCGCCUCCUGGCAACCUGCUCCAGCGACCGUAAAGUGAAGGUGUGGAACGUGGAGCGCGCCAUGCUGCUGAGGGCCUUUGAGGAGGAGCACGAGGAGCAGGUCAACCACUGUCAGUUUACCAACACGACAGGCCGCCUCCUGCUGGCCACCUGCUCCAAUGACAACUUCCUGAACGUCAAGCUAUGGAACCUCAACAAACCUUCCUCACAGAACACCAUGUUUGGCCACUUCCAGCCUGUCAACCACUGCUGUUUCUCCCCCGACGACGCCUAUCUCUCCACCUCCUCCAACGACGGUACCGUGAAGCUCUUUCAGGUGUCCUCCGCCAACGAGUGGAAGACCAUCAACGUGUGCCAGUGGUGCAUGGACGCCAGUGAAGAGGUCCCUGUCAAGUGCAGCACGUGGACCGGUGACGGCAAGCGCGUCGUGUGCGCGGUCCGGAGCGCCGUUUUGGUGAUGGACGUGGGGACGUCGCAGUUGCUGUUGGAGAUCAGGCCGGGUCGUUUGAGCAUGGUGCAGUACUGCCACGCCUGUCCUACCAGCAACCUGCUGGCCAUCGCCUUCUCAAACUACGCGGUGGAGCUGUGGGACUUGGAGGCCAAUAAGAAAAUGGCCGACUGCAGCGGCCACCUGAGUUGGGUCCAGCGGGUCCAGUUCUCCCCCGACGGCUCGCAGCUCCUCUCCUGCUCGGACGACCACACCGUCAGGUUAUGGGAGACCAACAAGGUGCACACCAACUCAGCGGUGCGCCUGAAGCGGGACUCUGACGUUUACUUCAGUGAGGGCGAAGAGGAAGGAAUAGAGUCUGAGGAAGUGGUGAUCUCAGCUGCAGACAACUGCAACAGGCUGCAGGUGCGUGAUGGCAGGGCAGGCGUGCUGCUGUUUCAGUCGGAGGAGAAGGCGUCACGGAUACGAUGCACCUGCUUAUGUCGGCAGCCUUUCGCUGUGGCUCUCGGUCAAGAGGACGGCACCGUGCAGGUGCUGGCCAUACCCUCUGGUAAGGUGCUUGCCACCCUGCAGGGACACACCAGGACGGUGCUGCACUGCCAGUUCGUCCACGGCGGCCAAACGCUGAUCACAUCAUCCGAGGAUACCACCGUCAGGGUGUGGAGGUGGCAGACACCUGAGUCUACGGUGCUGCAAGGCCACAAGGAGCAGGUCAGAGGCUUCUCUCUGCUCUCACACUCGCCGGCUGAGACAAGACUGCUGUCCUGGUCUUUUGACGGCACGGUCAAGGUGUGGGAUCUCGGAAGCGGAGAGAAGCUGCAGGACGUGGAGGCUCACCGAGGGGCCGUCUUGUCCUGUCACGUCUCCUCAGUUGGACGUUUCUUCGCCACCGCCUCUGCUGACAAGACAGCGAAGCUUUGGCACUGCGAGUCUUGGCAGUCUGUCCACACGCUGCACGGACACCAAGACUGCGUCAGGAGCUGCCGAUUUUCGAGGGAUGGGCGCCGACUCGCCACUGGGGACGACGGCGGUGAGAUACGGCUGUGGAGCGUCAAGGAGGGCUCCUUGUUGAAAAUUUGCUCACGAGACGGAAAGGACGGAAUGGACUCACUGCACGGGGGCUGGGUGACUGACCUGCACUUCUCCCCAGACGACUCUCUCCUGGUGUCCACUGGCGGAUACGUCAAGUGGUGGGACGUGGAGCAAGGCCAAGCCCUGCAGACCUUCUACCCGACGGGAAGCGCAUUAAAGAGGAUCCACGUGUCACCCGACUUCUCCACGUUCGUCACCAUCGACAACAUCGGGAUCCUCUACAUCCUUCAGAGGGUUAGCAGUUAGCUGCUUUAACAGCAGCUUCAACAUUCAACCACCAGCAGCCUAAAAACACAAAGUUUACAUCUGUGAGGUCUUUUGAAUCUUUAACCCAAUUCAAUGCUUGAUAUCAGCCUGUCAAUUCUUUUUUUUUUUUAACAUUAAUUGCACGUGAGGGAUUUUCCACUCUUUGCGAGUUUCUUCUGAGCCACGACAAGUCAUUAUUAUUCUUUAUUAUUCUUAUUCUUUAUUUGUGUCAUUGUGAAAUUACACGGUUGCCUUUUGUGAAUUACUAUCAAAAUGAGAAGUACAUAGGUUUAAUGCUUAAUGAAGCCUGUGAUAAUUAUGAUUAUCCCUCUGAACUGUUGGUACACAUGUUUUCUAUGAUGAAAUGACAUGUUAUUAGUCUGACAGGUAAAACGGUGCAUCUUUAUUUGCUGUGAUCUAUCAGAGACGUUCAACAUAAGGACACAUUUUGGACAUGCUUUUGUUAUUAUGUGCUCUUCUGACUGGUGCUUUAAAAGUCCAUAUUCCCUUCAUCCUGCUCACGAUCCAUCAAUAACUGUUGUGAGUGUCAUGAACCCGAUGACCCACUGAAAUACUGUAUGUGUGUCAUUUGUGAAGCUAAAUCUGCAAGCUAGCAUUGCGAGAAGUCCUUUUUAAGAAGUAAAACUUGACA